CAAUACCGUACCACGUAAACACUUUUAAAUUUGUUUUUGCCGGCUGGUGUCCUGGGGUGUUUAGAUAAAUAAUUUUUGUACAGGUUUUUGAUGCUGUACAGAUUUAAUUUCCUGAAAACAAUCAAGGGCAUCCAAUCAGAAGUAAAGAAGAAUAUUUUUGCCAGUCAUAUCCUACAGAACAGGGUUGAAGUGAAACAUUCUUUUGCCCAUUCCUUAAGAGCUUGUUGUUUAACUUCUAAUAAGCAAAUAAAAGAGCAGAAAAUGAGUGAAUUUUACUUUCCCAAUGAUCAGCCAGUUGCUCUCUUGAACUGCGAAUCAGCAUUCAAUGCCCUAACAUCAAAAGAGAAGUUGUAUGCUCACUACUUGUCUCGAGCUGCCUGGUAUGGUGGCCUGAUUGACCUUGUGCAGACAUCUCUUGAGAGUCCACUUAUCUUUUGUCUUCUCCACAAGCUGUUUGAAGCUCAGCCAAUAGAGGAACUCAAGGAGAUUGCAUUGCAAAAAUGCAACCUAACUGAAGAUGAAUUCACGGCUUUGCUAGUCUAUACAUCUGGUAUAUUCAGCAGUAUGGGGAACUACAAGAGCUUUGGGGAUAAAAAAUUCGUCCCUAAUUUGCCAAAGGAAAAGUUUCAAUCCUUAGUAAGGGCAAGUGCAGCUGCUCAGAAAGAAUCCAGCUUUAUGGACAGCUUGCUCUCACGAUGCCUUGAACCAAUCUACUCCUUGAAGGACGGAGAAAAGCAACUUGGCUUCCCUAACAUUGGAAUUACUACUUAUCUUUCAAAAAAUUUUACAAAAGAAGAUGAAGAUAUUGUGAAGAAUUUUUUUAAGAAGCAGAAUAUUGAAGCAUACAAUUCAAGGCUUUUUAAAACUGUAGAUGCAUCUGGCAACACUUGUUACGAAGUGAGGUUAGCAUCCAUUCUGCAGACUGAUUCUUCUGAAGAAAACAAUUUGACAAGUACUCAUACUUUAAAUGGUCACAAAUUUGUCAUUUCGAGAGGUGACUAUGCCAAGUUACUGGAACUUGUGAAUGAGAACUUGAUGCUUGCCAAGAAGUAUGCUGCUAACACAAAUGAAGAGAUGAUGCUGGAACAUUACAUAAAGAGCUUUCGGACAGGUUCCCUAGACUCCCAUAAAGAUGGUUCUCGGUACUGGAUCAAAGACAAAGGACCCAUUAUUGAGUCCUACAUUGGCUUCAUUGAAACAUACAGAGACCCAGCCGGCAUGAGGGGAGAGUUUGAAGGUUUUGUGGCUAUGGUGAACAAACCAAUGAGCGCAAAAUUUAGUGAACUGGUAGAAUCAGCAACCCGCCUUCUACCUCAGCUGCCGUGGCCACCUGCCUAUGAGAAGGAUGAGUUCCUACGGCCCGAUUUCACUUCUCUUGAUGUCCUUACUUUUGCGGGAAGUGGUGUGCCAGCUGGCAUUUGUAUUCCAAACUAUAAUGAAAUUAGGCAGUCUGAAGGCUUUAAGAAUGUUUCUCUGGGUAAUGUAAUCUCUGUAUCCAGCAAAAAAACACCCAAUUACCUGAGUAAAGAAGAUCAGGUGUUAUUUGAAAAGUAUCGAAUUCCAUCUUUUGAAGUUCAUGUAGGUCUGCAUGAGUUGUUGGGUCAUGGAAGCGGCAAACUCUUUCAAAAGGAAAAAUGUGGAUCCUUCAACUUUGAUGUAGAAAAUGUCCUUCACAGUGAGACUUCACAAAAGAUUUCUACUUGGUAUGAAGUUGGAGACACCUAUGAUUCUAUCUUUGGAGCUCUUGGUUCUUCCUAUGAGGAAUGUCGAGCUGAUUGUGUUGGCUUGUAUCUCUCUACAGUGCCUGAAGUGUUAAGGAUUUUUGGACACACCGGAGAAGAAGCAGAGACAGUAACUUAUGUAAACUGGCUGAGUGCAUGUCGGAGCGGAAUUGAAUCCCUUCAGCUAUAUGAACCGGCAACAAAAUCUUGGCUUCAGGCUCACUCUCAGGCAUUGUAUGUCAUUCUUCGAGUCCUGCUUGAAGAAGCAGGAGACUUUGUUAAAAUUGAGAGGCUUAUUGGUGAGGAUGGUGAGCCAGACUUGCUGCUGACAGUGGAUCGGAGUAAGUUAGAGACAGUUGCAAAACCUGUCCUUGGUCACUUUCUCAAAAAGUUGCAGGUAUACAGGGCAACUGCUGAUAUUUCUGCCGCUAGAGAAAUGUUCAACAAAUAUUCUGUUGUCUCUACGGAAGGAAAACAUCCAUUUCUAGAAUAUAGGGAAAUUGUGAUGGCUCGUAAAAAACCCAGGAUCAUGUUUGUUCAAUCCAACACUGUACUUGAAAAUGGUGAAGUGCUUCUGAAAAGCUAUGAACCCACACACGAAGAUAUGAUCCAGUCGUGGAUUGAUCGCUUUCGAGAAGUAGAUGUCACUUCACUGCUGGAAGAACUCUGGGAAAAGGAUAGGCCACAUUUUAUGUAACGGCAAUAUUAUUUUGUAAGAUCUUGUGUAUUGUAUAAAUAAAUAAAAUGGUUUACUUUCUCAAAACUUAUGU